AUGGUAGACAUCUCGAGGAAAGACACUCUCAUUCUCGAAAAGACCAUCUCGUACUUGGAAGCUGGGCCUCAGGACGCACCGUUGCUGAUCUUCGUUCAUGGAUGGCCGGCGAUUGCUGACGUCUGGAAACCCCAGAUUCUUACUUUCGCUGGCCUAGGCUUUCGGGUUGUUGCCCCAGAUCUGCCCGGCUUCGGCAAGUCCUUCAAAUCCGACAACAAAAAAGAUUUCUCCUUGAAGUGGGUCAAUACAAUUCUCCUGAGGUUCCUGAAGCAUCUUGGCCGAACACAGGCUAUAUGGAUUGGGCAUGACUGGGGCGCUGGCGUCGUUUGGUCCUUGCUUUCACAUUAUCCGGAGAACUGCAUUGGUGUUGCCAAUAUGUGCAUCGCCUAUCGAACCAUCGAAUGUGGUGUUCAAGAAGGACUCAUCAAACAUGCCGAUCGGGAACUAUACCCUGAAGACCAAUACCCAAAUGCACAGUGGGAUUAUAUGGUAUACUACCAAGACGAAAAGAAUUUCGACAAAUGCAUUCGAGACUUUGAGAGCGAUAUCCCAAAUUUCUUUCGGGUUGUUUAUCGCAAAGGCGAUCCAGAAACCUUGAACACGCCGACGUUUACAGCCUCAAUUACGAAGAACAACGGCUGGUUUGGUGAGGAAGGCAAACCACCCGAGCUUCCACUUGACACCGAUGUCCUCAAUCAGGAGACUCACGCGAAGCUCGUAGAAGCAUUUCAGGAGAGUGGCUUCCGUUCACCAACAUCAUACUAUCUCAAUAUGGAGGACAACGCUCAAUAUACUGAGGACUGGCAGAUAAAUGAAGGGUUGGUCAACCUCCCAGUUCUCUUCAUUGGAGCCAAGUACGAUUCCGUCGCGAUGACAGCAAAGAAGUCCAAAGCUACGGAACAGAUGAGGAACUUCUGCCGUAAAUUCACCCAGGUCAACAUCGCUGGCGGGCAUUGGAUAGCACAGGAGAAGCCGGAAGAAGUCAACGCUGCCAUUGCGAAAUGGAUCGCGACGGCCCUUCCAGCAUCGGUCUGGCCGGCUCCCCAGCCAGAAUCCUAA